UUCGCGGGGGUAGGGUGGUUGAGGGAUCGAAUUCUUUUGAUGGUUCGACUGAUUGGGAGGCGCGGAGGGAGGAUAUGAGGGUGGUGUUUUCUUCGGUGAAGGAUUGCCAGAAUGGAGGGGGUGCUGGGAAUGAGGCUGCGAGACGAGCUUCUGGUUGUUCCUCCAUUUUUUGAAGUUCUGUCCCGGUCGAGGUUUGUGCAAGGUGGGGUGGUUCGAUUGGAAAUAUAGAGAUUAUUGAUGAGAUUCGAAUGGUACGUUUACUGCUGCAUUGUAUGUAUGUGUAGAGCAGCCUUCGAUUUGACCUCGAGGUGGUGAAUUCCAAUUGUUUGUUUAGGUGAGACCUCGGCUGCUGAGGGGAGGUCGUAGUCCCGAGGGUCCCUGAGGAGAGUGCCCAAGCCCAGAAUUUGGCAAGGCUGAAGUGAAGGACUUCAGAAGCGCUAACAGAGCUUGGAAGCUGCAGUAAGUUCCACCAAAACAUGCGCAUUUACUUCGAAGUACAUCCCGUGUAAUAUCCCCGGAUGAUCUGCAUAAACUCCCGAGCCGAGUCGGGCUGUGCUGCAAUAGAACAGGUGUCGGUGUCGCGUGUCUCCAAAAUAUGUACCACCGACGUCAGGAACAGUACAGUAACGGAUAUUCAUCUCCACCAAAGUGUUAGUGUAUUGUAGUGCAGUGCAGUGCAUAUACUCGACCGAUUCUCUGGCUCUCUUGCCUCCGCUUUCUCUACCUCUUCCUCUUCCCUCAGUACCUUGAUGCGAUUCCACAGUGUCUCUCCUCAGUGUAUUUCCAUGCUUUAGGCAUGCGAGGCUGGUGAACCGAAUCCUACGAAAGAUGUCUCGCAGCACGAGAAGCCCGGAUCACGGGUUAACCGCGAGGCAGGGAUGGAUUGGGAGUGUUGCUAGAUUUUGGGAGGUAACACACGGCUCUGGGUCAUCAUGAAAUGCUGAAACUAAAUGCUACUAGAAAACCUACGCUCCCGAUUAUAUUGGUCUAGCGAUUCUCACAACGGCAUACUUCUUGGUACGACUCGAUUCUAUGCUAUCCUCCUAGUUCAUCGAUCCGGAUUUGACGUGUAAUAUCUAGAUUGAAUUCUUGCAAGAGCCGUUCCAUCGAAUGUUCUUCUUGAGCAAUAUCAACAUUCAGUAUCCACAUGCCGAAAUCGAGAGGGUUUCUCCGGGUUGGAAUAUAAUCUAUGCUGGAUGUAUACCUCUUGUGAUUUUGACUCUCACUCUGAUUGUCCUACGGGCUGGAGUACACAAGAGUCACGUCACAAUACUAGGAUUUCUGAUCAGGUGCGAAUAUUCUGAAUCUGGUACGAUUUCUUGCUAAUAAUCGGCAGCUUGUUCCUCACCGUAUUCAUCACAGACGUUAUCAAAAACGCUGUGGGACGUCCAAGACCAGAUUUGAUCUCAAGAUGCAAGCCGAAACCGAAUACACCAAAAGAUGCCCUCGUUGACUGGACAGUUUGCACAGAAACGAACCAUCAUACAUUACAUGAUGGGUGGAGGAGUUUUCCAUCUGGACAUUCUUCGUUUGCCUUUGCAGGUUUAGGAUUCCUUUCUCUGUUCUUUUGUGGACAGAUGCAUGUUUUCCGUCCGAGAACUGAUUUAGGGAGGGCACUGCUUGCUUUCGCUCCCUUGCUAUGUGCUGCAAUGAUUGCAAUUAGUCGAUGUGAAGACUAUCGGUACGUUCCAUUCAACUAUACUAGCCUCACAAUACGACUAACUAUGAUUUCAGACAUGAUGUUUAUGAUGUUACCUGUGGUUCCAUCAUCGGAAUCAGCGUUGCGUACUUUUCAUACAGGCGUUAUUAUCCUAAACUUCGUUCACCAAAAUGCCACGAGCCAUUCCCAUCUCGUGAAGCGAUGUUCAACGAAGGUUUUGGAAAGAUCAAAGACGACGAGGAGACUGGGAGGCGAGCACGAGAUUUUGAUUUGAGUGAUGACGAGGAGAGCUAGAACUUACA